AUUUGCACGAUGUAUAAUAAUUGGAAUGGAUUGUACAUCUAAGGUAGAUUUACGCUGUAGAUAUAUAUCUAGCAUAUACCUUCACUUCGUAGGUGUAAAAUUCUUUCUGGUCCAUCUGUUACAACAUCCUACAAUGACAUGUGCCAACAGAAUGGAGAAGCAAGUUGAGGUUCAAAUGCAUGAGUGCCACUUUGAAGCUCCAGCUCCUCCUCCAGGGCCAGCUUGUGGAGGUCUCUAUAACAAAUUCAUGAAGAACUUGCUUCUGGCACUCACAGUUCUUGGUGUGAUUGUAGGCUCGGUGGCUGGUGUCCUCCUGCGUUACGCAUCUCCACUUCACCCGGAUGUUAUCAUGAUCAUCGCCUUUCCUGGUGAUAUUCUCAUGAGAAUGUUGAAGAUGGUGAUUUUGCCUCUGAUCAUCUCCAGUUUAAUCACAGGUCUGGCAGGUUUAGACGCCAAAUCUAGCGGUCGUCUCGGCACCAGGGCCAUGGUGUAUUACAUGUUCACCACCAUCAUUGCUGCAGUGCUAGGGGUGCUCCUGGUGCUGAUUAUCCACCCGGGCCACCCCAAGAUAAGAUCAAACUUGGGAGAGGGAAAGAAGAACGAUGAUGUUUCCACUUUAGAUGCCUUUUUUGACCUCAUCAGAAAUCUGUUUCCGGAGAAUCUGGUACAGGCUUGUUUUCAGCAGAUCCAGACGGUUACAAACAAGGUCGAAGUAGCAACACCUCAUCAUGCACACCAUCACCGGUUUGGAAAAAACAACACUAAGUGGGCAGCAAAAUACGUUAUGAAGAAAUCUCUUCAAUUCAAAAGCGGCAUGAAUGUUUUAGGGCUCAUUGGGUUUUUUGUGGCGUUUGGAAUCUCCAUGGGAAAGAUGGGAGAGAAAGCCAAGCUGAUGAUGGACUUUUUCAACGUACUCAAUGAAAUCAUUAUGAAGCUCGUCGGCAUGAUUAUGUGGUACUCCCCUGUGGGCAUUGCAUGUUUGAUCUGCGGCAAAAUUAUUUCUAUUAAUGACCUGGAGGGGGUGGCCAAGCAGUUGGGGAUGUACAUGCUCACAGUCAUCAUAGGCCUGAUCAUCCAUGGAGGCAUCUUCCUCCCCUUGAUAUAUUUUGUCAUUGUUCGAAAAAACCCUUUUACAUUUUUUAUGGGAGUAUUUCAAGCUUGGGUGACUGCACUGGGCACAGCGUCCAGUGCUGGUACGCUGCCCGUUACGUUCCGCUGCCUGGAGGAAAACUUGGGCAUUGAUAAAAGGGUUACUCGAUUUGUACUUCCUGUUGGUGCGACAAUCAACAUGGAUGGCACAGCACUUUACGAAGCAGUAGCAGCCAUUUUCAUCGCACAGAUGAAUGGAAUAAAACUCGAUCCUGGUCAGAUCAUUACAGUCAGCCUGACAGCUACUCUUGCCAGUGUGGGCGCUGCCAGUAUUCCCAGCGCCGGUCUUGUCACUAUGCUGCUCAUUCUCACCGCUGUUGGACUCCCCACCCAAGACAUCAGCCUACUGGUAGCCGUCGACUGGCUUCUGGAUCGCUUCCGGACAUCGGUCAACGUUAUCGGAGACUCUUAUGGAGCGGGUAUUGUGUAUCACCUGACCAAAGACGAGCUCAACAUGCUCGAUGCCCAGCAGAUGAGAACAGAUGACUUUGAGAUGACCAAGUCUCAAUCCUUCUAUGAUAAUAACACAAAGCAGGGUGUCUAUGCAUCGUACAACUCCUGUCCACAAGUGCUGAUAGAUGACUGCAAGAUCCACUUGACCCCAAACGGCUCCUCUGCUGUCUUUUCCGUUACCGAGGAGAGACCUUGGACACAAGACUAAAACAGCACAAAGAUCCAGCUUCACCAUAUCCUGAGUCCUACAAGCUCGCUAUUCCGGGUGAAAACGAUUUAAAGUAUGCAAAACUUCACGGUGACUGCAAAUACAAUAGCAGCAAACGAGCACUUGGAUGUAUUAGACAAGCGAGAACAAUUGUAUGAUGAUGUCCUUGGUGAUUUUACUCAAGUUCUAUUCUGUGGUUAGUGAGUCUUUGACUGUGACCUUAAGGUUAUAUGUUGCACUCAGUGGUCGACUUUAGUGUGGUAGCAGAGUCAUUGUCUUGUCCCACCAUCGCUUGGGUGAGGCCUAAACCCUGUACCUGAUUAUUGCUGGAAACUUGCGUCCCCAUGACCCGCUGAUUGCUGACAGCUAACCAAAGCUUAAUCCUUGAACUUGCAGUAUUCUGGAUUUCAUCAUUAUGCAUAUUUAUGGAUCUGCAUGAAGAUAAAGUUCACGGUUAGGUUUAGGGACCAAAUUAAAGUAUUUCUCCAGAAUUUUGUCAUCAGGAACCAAGGUGUUCCCAAACCAGAGACUCCCAGAGAGCAAUCCCUGAUAUAGGACCCCAUUCAAUACCCUCAAAUCCCUAUUUAUUUGUAAUUAAGAACUCCUUAGCCUUCAGCGUCACGACCGAUAUCCUAUUGUUCGUAGGUGUUUAACAAUAAAUUAAAUAAAAUCGGACAAGAGUAACCAUGACUACCUAUAAAUCAUUCUAAAGAUCUAAGCUUUUAAAGCAUCGACUUUAGAUUACGGUUUUUGAAUGAAAAAACGUAUAACGAAUGUAUUUGCUGAAUUUGUGUAAAUAAUACACAAAACAACAACAUGCAUAAAAAAAUGUCGUACCUAAACUACUGCUGCAAAUCCCGGUUUAUUUGGAAAGAACAACAUGCUGUAAAGCAUUUUUGCUCCGACGAAACAAUAGUGUUAGUAGAUGGAUGUUCUUUUGUUUACGUCACAGUUCUUCCAUUGGUGUGUUGUUUGUAUAUGUUCUGGAAUAACGUGCACGUGAAAAAAACGCCAUCUUGGUAAUAAAAAAAACACACAUUCCUGGAUCUCACUGCUAGUGGUUGGAUAGUAGAAAUGCAACUUGCCCUUGCUGACUUGGCUUAAAUGGAUUAAGUCUUUGGUGGAGGCAAACAAGAUCAGCUUUUCCCAAGAUAUUCUGACCCCCCACCACCACCCCACCACCCCAUCACCACUCCAAAGCUCACAACCUCCGAGGCUUAUUUUAACUUCUAGCUACAUGCAAGAACAUACAGGAACAUACAGUACAGACCAAAAGUUUGGACACACCUUCUCAUUCAAAGAGUUUUCUUUAUUUUCAUGACUAUGAAAAUUGUAGAGUCACACUGAAGGCAUCAAGGGCUAUUUGACCAAGA